AUGGCUCCCCGGAUUAUAAUGUUUGCUGGAGCCCCAGAUCUAAAGUCACUAGAACGGGAUGAAGCUAGCCUGCUCACAACCUUCAGCCCCCCGUUCGUACGAUUCUUCCAUCUAGACGGGUAUGAGAGCCAAGUUGCUGCCUCGUUUGCAGCUGAUGCUACACAGGCCUCGUUUGAGCACCCGGCUUGGAGGUCCAUUCCUUUAGAACGGCAACAUCUACCGACUGGCAUAUCACAAGACCAUGCAUGGCAGGAAGGAGCCUCGUUCUUCUCAACCUCUGAGAUCGACUCGCUGAUGGAAGAAUUGUCCCAGAAACAAACAUACGAGAGCUUUGAAUCAAGCUCGCAAUCCGUCAAGCAAGUCCUGUCUCAAUUCUACGAAGAGUCCUAUGCUCGACAUCAAGAUGUUCCCUCGUCUCAAAUUGCUGCUGUAUCGCAAACCAAUACUUCAUCCUCGGGUGGCACUUCUUUUAGUACGACGGAUAUGACGUUUGAUUCGCCAGCCAAUGUGGUUAAGAAAGACGUACCAGUUGCGGGAAGUUUGAAUAACAUCAAAGACACACCAAAUGCCGUAUAUCUCUCCUCAAUCCAUCCCCAGACAAUGACUGUCAAUCUCAUUGUUGGCAUCAUCUCCCUCCCGGAACCCCGCCUCAUCAAAACACGGCGGGGACCUGACGUGGAGCUCAUCGAGGCACUCGUUGGCGAUGAAACCAAAGCAGGUUUUGCAGUCAAUUUCUGGCUCUCAUCUUCCGAGGCCGUCGAUGGAGGUUUAAGGAGUCCAGUCCAAGGACUAAGACCACAAGACGUGGUCUUGAUGCGCAAUGUCGCUUUAAGCAGCUUUCGAGGAAAAGUUUACGGACAGAGCCUAAGGAAGGGCAUGACGAAGAUACAUCUUUUAUACAGGAAUCGUAUUGAUAGGACGGAUGUUGCGGGUUGCUACAGUGCGGCGGAUCUUAAUUCUGGGGAACUUGCAAACUUGCAGGUGGAGAAGACGAAGAGGGUUAGGGAGUGGGUCAUGAGGUUCGUUGGUACGGGUGUCAUGCAAAAGAAGGGGAAGAGGAAUGCGCUUCACGAGAGCCUGCCGCCCGAUACACAAUGA